AUGUCAAGUCACACCUCAAAAAAAGAAAAACGAUUUCUUUUUACCUCAGAAUCCGUUGCUGAAGGUCAUUCUGAUAAGAUGUGUGACCAGAUAAGCGAUGCUGUUCUGGAUGCUCAUCUUGCCAUUGAUCCAGAUGCCAAAGUUGCCUGUGAGUGUGUAGCAAAAACUGGAAUGAUUUUGCUUUGUGGAGAGAUUACUUCUCAAGCUAUAGUGGAUUACCAGCAAAUUGUCAGAGAGACCAUUAAGAGGAUAGGGUAUGAUGACUCUUCCAAAGGAUUGGACUAUAAGACUUGUACAGUUUUAGUAGCUUUAGAACAACAGUGUAAAGACAUCAAGCGUGCUAUCUCCCACGGCAAGAGUGAUGAUGACAUUGGAGCAGGGGAUCAGGGUUUGAUGUUUGGCUAUGCCAGUGACGAAACUGAGGAAUGCAUGCCCUUAACAGUCCUCCUGGCACACAGGCUGACUGCGCGGAUAAAGGCCCUGGGCCGCAGCGGAACGUGGCCCUGGGUUAGACCAGAUGGGAAAACACAGGUAACAAUGGAAUACAAGGAAUGCAACGGAGCAGUGGAGCCCAUCCGAGUGCACACGCUUGUGAUUUCAGUACAUCAUGCUCCGGAUAUACCUCUGGAGCAAAUACGGAAGGAGCUAAUGGAGAAAGUUGUUAAAGUAGUAAUUCCAGAAAAGUACCUUGAUGAGCACACGAUUUACCACCUCCUUCCAAGUGAAAAGUUUGUAGAUGGUGGUCCUAAGUGUGAUGCUGGGCUGACUGGCAGGAAGAUCAUUGUUGAUACCUAUGGAGGCUGGGGAGCCCAUGGAGGGGGCGCUUUCUCUGGAAAAGAUCCUUCCAAAGUUGAUCGCUCUGCAGCAUAUGCAGCUCGCUGGGUGGCAAAAUCUCUGGUGAAAGCUGGUCUCUGUAAAAGAGUAUUAAUCCAG